GAGCAGGAUCUGGGGAUCGUGCCUUUCGUAACACACUGUACUGCUGAUACGAAGGAGACAAGGACGUUUGCUAUGAAGAUGGUUGUCUUGCUUGUGGCAGGCUUGUGCAAUAGGUUGGGAGAUGAAUGGACGCUGGCGGAUACGAACAGUUUGCCUGAGCAUCAGAUUCCUCUGAUUUCUGACUGA